AUGUUUUACGUCAUAUUGGAACUGGAUACGUUACACCAGGUAGAGACUCCGAAGGAUCAUACGAGGAUUACAAAGGUUACUUUCCAAUUAGUAAACGCAAACGCUUUGGGUGAGGUACCUACUAAAGUGGAUCAGAUUGUAAUCGAUGAACAAGCUGAGAGUUUCAAAGCCGCUUUUGAAAAGUUGAAUGAAUCAAUUACAUCGAUCACAAGAGAUUCAAGUUUUAUUUUAUGUUCGCUAUUCUCCACAUGGGAUAUUCGUGUUACUUUAAACCGCCAAGCUCGAGAUCUAGGUGUCAGUAUGCCAUACUUUCUGCAAUAUCCUAAAAUUUUUGACCUAAUGAAAGAAUAUCAAAGAUGGUGUUUAAACCAUCCAGAAGUGAUGUCAUGGAAACCUAAGCUAGAAAGUGACAAAACAAUAAAUAUGGAUAAAAAGAAAUUGGGUCUAUUGGAGCUAUUGACCGUACUCGGUUUGGAAGAUAUGUACAACUUUAAAGAGGAAAAUGAUGGUGCAAUUGAUGAUAAAAUGUUUAAAAAUGAAAGAGAUAUGACAAUAUCUACUAGUGUACUUUUGCAACUACUGAUAAGAUGUACCACUUCUGAUGAUACGAAAAAUGUUUUGACGUGUCCCUACGAUUCCGAUACUGAUGUCAGAAGUUUCUUACAAGAACGUUCAAGGGUCUUAUAUAUGAACAAUUUACCUUCUGAUACCACUCAAAGUGAACUAGAAUCCUGGUUUACGCAAUUUGGCACCAGGCCCGUUGGAUUUUGGACUUUCAAGAAUGUGGUAGGGGACACUUCAAGCCUGGCAAACACUUGGAAUUCAAAUAACAGUCCAUACGUGGAAGAACUGGACAGUAUACCUGGAUUUGUGGUGUUCCAAACACACGAAGAGGCUAUUGAAGUGCUAGCUUUGAAUGGACGCGCAAUUUUAUCUAAUGUAGCCAAUACAAAACAGCCUCGAGUUGUAGAACAUGUUGUAGAGAUUCAACCAUCUAGUACUAGUGUUCUCGAUAAAGCUCAUGAAAUUCUAUCAUCUUUCCCACAAAGUAAAAAUAAACCAAGACCUGGUGAUUGGAGUUGUCCAUCAUGUGGAUUUUCGAACUUCCAAAGACGUACAGCAUGCUUCAGGUGUUCCUUUCCAGCUCCAUCCAAUGGUCAUAUAAAUAUCAAAUCACAAAAUAAUAGUCAUCAUCCAGAGAUAACAUCUGAGCAUAACACCGAGGGUUCCCAACAGAAUAAUACCAAUAGAGCGAAUGCAUCAUUCAAUAACUCAAUGUAUCGUUACAAUACGCGCUAUGUUAAUGGCUCAUCUUACAACCAGAUGAAUAAUAAUAAUCACAACAAUAACACUGGUUCUAACAUUCCAUUUAGAGCUGGAGAUUGGAAUUGUGCAUCCUGUACAUAUCAUAAUUUUGCUAAGAACGUUUUAUGUUUACGGUGCGGUGGGCCAAAGACGUCUACCAUAUAUCAACAACAAAAUAACAAUCACAAUCAUGGUAACAACAACAAUAAUAUCAAUGUUAUCGAGAAACCUAAGGAUGAGAGCACUAGGAAGGUCGAUCUUUUAGAAUUUGUGUCAUUGGCUUCAAACAAUGUUUUGAGAAACAUUUCUAGUACAGGUAACUAA